CUUAACUCACUCUCGAAAGUAGCGUGAGUCUCGACGUUUCAUUAUUUUUUCAUCCAUUUUUUUAUUUUCCCUACAAGGAAGUAACAAUGACCGUUGGUGCCGGAAUCAACGUCACCGACUCCGAUUUGGUGGUGCUAGGUCACCGUGUUCUUCACGGCGUUCCGGAAAAUGUUUUAGUUACUCCAGCUUCAGGAAACGCCUUAAUCCACGGCGCGUUCAUCGGCGUCACGUCGAAUCAAACCGGAAGCCACCGUGUCUUCUCCCUAGGCAAACUCGAAGACUUAAGGUUUAUGUGUGUGUUCCGGUUUAAAUUAUGGUGGAUGACUCAAAGAAUGGGUACUAAUGGGAAAGAGAUUCCUUGCGAGACUCAAUUUCUAAUCGUAGAAGCAAACCAAGGGUCUGAGUUAGGAGGAGGAGAUCAAUCUUCUUCUUAUGUUGUAUUCUUGCCUAUUCUUGAAGGAGAUUUUAGAGCUGUUCUUCAAGGGAACGAGGCUAAUGAGCUUGAGAUUUGUCUUGAAAGCGGUGAUCCAAUUGUUGACCAAUUCGAGGGGAGUCAUUUGGUUUUUGUGGCUGCUGGAUCCGACCCUUUUGAUGUCAUUACCAAAGCUGUCAAGGCUGUUGAACAACAUCUUCAGACAUUUUCGCACCGAGAGAGAAAGAAAUCAACAACUUGGGAUGCAUUCUAUACCAAUGUCACAGCCAAAGACGUCAAGCAAGGUCUUGAGAGCCUCAAAGCUGGUGGGGUUACCCCAAAAUUUGUCAUAAUUGAUGAUGGAUGGCAAUCUGUUGGCAUGGAUGAGACUAGUGUAGAAUUCAACGCUGAUAAUUCUGCCAAUUUCGCAAACCGGUUAACUCACAUCAAGGAGAACCACAAGUUUCAAAAGGACGGCAAAGAAGGCCACCGGGUGGAUGACCCUGCAUUGAGUCUUGGACAUGUUAUCACAGACAUUAAGAGUAACAAUUCACUCAAGUAUGUUUAUGUUUGGCAUGCGAUAACCGGAUAUUGGGGAGGAGUCAAACCAUGUGUUUCUGGUAUGGAACACUACGAAUCAAAGGUUGCGUAUCCAGUUUCUUCACCAGGAGUUAUGUCCAACGAGAAUUGUGGAUGUCUAGAAAGCAUAACUAAGAAUGGACUCGGUUUGGUGAAUCCUGAGAAAGUCUUUAGCUUCUAUAACGACCUUCACUCAUACCUUGCAUCGGUUGGGAUCGAUGGUGUCAAAGUCGAUGUCCAAAACAUUCUUGAAACUCUUGGAGCUGGACAUGGAGGUCGUGUCAAACUUGCAAAGAAGUAUCACCAGGCUUUGGAAGCUUCCAUUUCAAGAAACUUCCCUGACAAUGGUAUUAUCUCUUGCAUGAGUCAUAACACAGAUGGUCUCUACAGCGCAAAAAAGACUGCUGUUAUAAGAGCAUCAGACGAUUUCUGGCCUAGAGAUCCUGCAUCGCACACGAUCCACAUUGCUUCUGUUGCAUAUAACACACUUUUCCUUGGAGAGUUUAUGCAGCCGGAUUGGGACAUGUUUCAUAGUUUGCAUCCGAUGGCUGAAUAUCAUGCAGCAGCUCGCGCGGUUGGAGGAUGUGCUAUCUAUGUCAGCGACAAACCGGGACAACAUGACUUCAACCUAUUAAGAAAGCUAGUACUUCGAGACGGUUCCAUACUCAGAGCAAAGCUUCCCGGAAGACCAACCAGUGAUUGCUUCUUCAGUGAUCCAGUCAGAGACAAUAAAAGUCUUAUGAAAAUAUGGAACUUGAACGAAUUCACUGGCGUUAUGGGAGUCUUUAACUGCCAAGGCGCUGGAUGGUGUAAGAACGAGAAGAGAUACUUAAUCCAUGACCAAGAACCUGGGACAAUCUCCGGUUAUGUCCGAACCAAUGAUGUUCACUAUCUCCAUAAAGUCGCAGCCUUUGAAUGGACAGGAGAUUCUAUCGUCUAUUCUCAUCUCAGAGGAGAGUUAGUGUAUCUCCCAAAGGAUACAUCUUUACCAGUCACAUUGAAGUCACGUGAAUACGAAGUUUUCACGGUGGUUCCGGUGAAGGAAUAUUCCGAUGGAACUAAGUUUGCUCCGGUGGGACUUAUGGAGAUGUUCAAUUCUGGAGGAGCCAUUGUGAGUUUAAGAUACGAUGAAGAUGGGACUAACUUUGUCGUUAGGAUGAAACUUCGGGGCAGUGGUUUGGUUGGGGUUUACUCGUCGGUUCGACGACCACGAAAUGUUAAGGUGGAUUCAGACGAUGUGGAGUACCGAUAUGAACCGGAAUCCGGUUUGGUUACGUUUACUUUAGGAGUUCCGGAGAAAGAAUUGUAUCUUUGGGACGUGGUCAUCCAACUUUGACUUUUGAGGAUUGUGUUGUGUGCUCUCAUUAUUGGUUAUCUAUUGAUUCAAUAAUUAUUGAUCUGUAUAAUUGUAUCCGUUAUGUAUUGAUUUGUGUGGGUUAAUCUCUAUGAUUUAUCGAUCAGACCAAUACAAAUCAAACAGAUUG